UAUAAUUAGACAGUGGUAACAAUCAUUAACAGUUCUAUGAAAAAUAUAGAUUAAAAUGGCCAGUAGAGGUCAGCAAUAAACAGGUGGAGUCGGAGGACGGAAGAUCAGUUCAAGGUCUUCCAGGCGCAGUCAACUCUAGUGACCGCCUUUUGGCGAAGAGUGAGUCGGAGAGAGUUCCGGACUGCAGUAGUGGGGGGUAGACCUAACCUCAAACUGCAAGUCAGUGAAUCACAGACAGAAGCUACGCGGCCUUCGAACACGCGACAGUGAACUGACAGUGGCGAUAGAGAUGAGGUGAUCCGUAGAUUCUUACAAGCCGUCCGUUGUAAAUAAUCAAUAAAAAUGUCCUCUACCUUUAGAAGUGCUAUUUCUUGUAAAUUGUAUUUAUUACUGUUACUCUUCCAAUUGUUUUGCUCAAGUUUGUCCAAACUGGACAUCGACGAGACGACCAGUGUUUACAACAAUAGUCUGUUCGGUGACAACGACUUGUGGAGCUCCUUGUACGACCAGUGCGGGUCAAGGUCGAGUUACCGGUGUGUGCAGGACAAUGUUUACUCUUUCCUCGAUCGUACUCUCGAGUCUGACAUUUUUGAGAGCGACGCGUUGUUGUUCAGACAGAACGAGAACAAUUACACAGAUCUGUGCAGGCGGGUGAAGAAAGAUGACCCCGGAGAGUAUAAUGAGCGCUUGGGUAAGAAGCUGGACAGUGAUGGGGGAAACGAUGGAGAAUUUCAAGACUUCAUCGAUAAAGUAGAGGAAGUAGAGAGGUUAGACGGUGAGAUGACGAGAAGAGGAAGGGAUUUAGACGAUUCAAAACAGUCUAACGACAUUUCAUCUCCAGAUAAUGCAGAGGGUCAUGAUUCAAACGUCAAUGACACUAAAAGCAUCCGAGAUGUUACCGAUAUCCUCUACAACAGAGGACUAAAGUACCUGAUGACUCAUGAUAUGGAACUGUCUUUACCCUCGUUCGUGUUUGGUGGAGGCAAGGUGCAGGUAUCUCCCAAGGGUUUCGCCGACGAUGGAGGAGUACUCGUAAAGUUGAACGUUGUCCCUGACCAACCACAAGAAGGCCGCUUCUUCUUCAAACAACUCCAGAAAAUCUUUAAGAAGAAGCUGAUGACGUCGAUGUUAGCGGCGAUGCUGAUCCUGAAACUCCUUAAGCUCAAGGCCAUGUUCUUCCUGCCGCUUUUGCUCGGUGUUGGCACCGCCAAGAAAUUACUCUUGAAAGUCCUGCUAUUCCUGUUCCCAGCUCUCGCUCACCUGUUCAAACUGUGCUCGUACUAUCAUCACAAACAUGCUAAAUAUCAUCACCAUCAUCAUCAGAUCGCUCACCAUCACCAUCACAUCCCCGUACCUGUAUACACGCCAGUGCACACCGCCCCCGGGGAACUGCCUGCCCCCUAUCCUGCAAGUUAUGAAUCCUCGGGUCCCGGCGGCGUGUACAGCCACAGCCGCACGGAGUCCCCGGGCAGUCUGGCAGACCUCGCUGCCUGGGGGCUUGGAGAGUAUCCAGCUGCCUGGGAUACCUUGGGAGUGGGCGCCACAGACCUGCCCAAGUACACGUAUCCUACUCGAGCGCAACAGCUGACAGCAGCCACACAACAGUACGCUUCCCAAACGGAACUGAAGCGUCUGUACGCAGCACCCACAAAGACCUCCCCACAAUACACGGCAGCUCUCGCCUCCAGGUUCCAGGCACUGACACCUAGACCCGCACACGCCGCGCUAGUGCAGUGUCUCCCCCCGUCACCGCAUACCCCGUUCUACAGCCCCAUGCUCCAGCGUCUGGAUACUGUGUUCGGCCAUCUGGGCGUGCAGGAAGAGGGCUGCCGAGAAAGACUAGUGUGUAGCAUGUACAAAAACCCAGCAAGGUUCAGCCCACACAGCAACCUAGUCUCUGCAGAGUUGAGCAGGGACCCUAGUGAGCUCCAGAAGCCGACAAGUGCCAACAGCGCCGUGGUGAGGUUCUACCGGUACAUCCAAGCCGCCCGGGACGGGCAGGAGCUGAAGGAUUGCCUCAGGAUAUACGCGGCCUGCGCCAUAUCCACAGAGUAGCCGACCAGUGUGUGCGCAGUUAUCAUCCACCAAUUGUAGUACCACCAAUCAGUCAGCUACUUGUGUUGAGUGAUACUUAUUCUCUUAAUGUAUAAAAGUAGUUCACAUGUUAUUAGCUGGACGUUGAAAUAGAUUGUAACAAGGUGCUGUCUAUUGUGAAACGCUAAACGAAUAAACCAAAUUAGCCUGUAGGAUGUAAAUACUUUGUACAAAGUUGACAAUUAACUGAUCAAAUGUUAAAAUAUUUGUUAAAGUUAAUUAAAGAAUACUCAAUUUAUUACAUAGGAUAUGAAUGUUUACGCUAAAGAAAUUUUACAAAAUUGAAAAUUGCAAAUAUUUUUCGAUAUUGUCAUUACAGUCAAUGCAACAUAUCCAUCUUCAGGUAAGGUUGUGCUUUCGUCACAGCUUGGAUCAUUACUGCCAUUAGUGGUCUUGGCCAGUCACGUUCUCUCCCCUCAUAAGAUAGUGGUGUGCAAGACGUGUGCUUUAGUGAUCUGAUCCAUCAUUUACCAUCAGAAGAACGCGCUUUCAUAUAUUUAAAAUUUAUAUUUUUAGACCUAGAUUAUACUGAUGGUCCAAAUACAUUAUUGCUGUGUUAGCUACAAUAUCACUGGGCUUUUAGAGGAUUUCAAAAGGAUCAUUUUAUAUUAUUUACAUUUUUACUGAAUUUAAGAUAUUUUGUGCAUGAGGUCUUAACAAGUAUGCAGAAACCGGGACAGUGUGUGAUUAAACACGUUAUAAGAGCGCAAGUGAGAUAAUUUGCUUACAGAUUUAAAAUUACGUCCUUAACGAACAAAAACAUACCAAUUUUUGUAUUUAUUAAAACCGGACAGAGCCUUUUAUUAUUAGCAAAAUUAGAUUUAAGGUCAAAAUCAUGUAACAAAGACAAUUCACUUUUAUUGUGCUUUCACACUUUUAGACUACUUCGAUUGAAAACCAUUUCGAAUUAGUGUUAAUUUAGUUUUCAUAAUAUGAAAUUUAAAGGUUUUUUAAUUAUUAUUUUUAUGUUUGUGUGCUUUAAAUAAUUAUCGGCUACAUCAUUUAUUUUUAAACUUAUAUGAUAUUAUUUACAUAUUUGAAACCCCAUCUAGUUUCACACAGAAUUUACUAGUCGUUUAGUCUGAAUAUUGUUUUAAUAUCUAGAAAACA